UCGCCAGGCGGGACAUUGUUUGCAGGCGUUGUCGUUAUCGGAGCAUCGCAUCUCGAUAAUCUAGACCGGUGGCACUGAUUCAAUCAACACCACGCCAGUCGCCAUGAAGCUCUUCCAGGUAGCGGCCUGCCUCGUCCUGCUCGCGGUGUGCCUCGCGUCGCCUGCCCCGCCGCGUGUGGCGCGCGCGCUGCUGCAGCCGCGGUCCAACGUGCGCAUCAUCGACGGUGGCGAUGCCGCGCCGUUCCAGUUCCCCUGGCAGGCCGCGCUGCUGGCCGAGCACCGCUUCUUCUGCGGCGGCUCCAUCAUCGCCCCCACCUGGAUCCUCACCGCCGGCCACUGCGUCGACCCGUUGACGGAGUUCCACGUCGUGGUCGGCGCGCUCACCAUGCCCAAGGGGCACGAGGCGUCCCGACAGAGGUUCAAGACCAACCGGCGCUUCCUCCACCCACGGUACGACGUCAAGUUCCUGGACAACGACAUCGGCAUGCUCCAGCUGCCCACCAGCAUCGAGUUCAACAUCUUCGUGCAGGCGGUGGCGCUGCCCUCCUACUCUGCCGCCACCGUGGACUGGACGGGCGUGGAGGCGCGCGUCAGCGGCUGGGGCAAGACCACCGACCUGGCCGACCACAACAGCCCCAUGCUCAAGUUCACCACCCUCAAAGUGGUGGCCAACGCCGUGUGCGAGCACGUGUACGGCAACACCAUGAUCGCCAACAAGCUGUGCCUCUCCAGCGACGACGGCGGCCACGGCGUGUGCCAGGGCGACUCGGGCGGCGCGCUGGUGGUGCGGCAGGGCAAGACCAUGGUGCAGAUCGGCAUCACGUCCUUCGUGUCCUUGGAGGGCUGCACGGUGGGCAUGCCGCAGGGCUUCACCAGGGUCACGGCCUUCCUGGACUUCAUCGAGGAGACCACCGGCAUCCACAUCGAAGACUAGGCGCGCAAAUACACCCAGCCGUGGCGGCACACUGUU